AUGUCAAAUAAUAAAAUUAUAGAAAGUUUAGCAAUACUUUAUUUAAAUAAUUAUAUAAAUGAUAAUGACAUUUAUUCAUUAUCAUUAAUAAAUAGAGAAUUUCAUAUAAACAUUAUAAAGGAUGAUUACUUUUAUUCAACAAUAAAUAAAAAUUAUCUUUUUCUUUAUAUUAAAAUAUUUAAAUUAUUAUCAAUUAAAGUGAAAUUAAAUCCAAAUUGGAUUAAUAUAAUUAAUAAUAAUAAUAAUAUUAAUAAUAAUAAUAAUAAUAAUAAUAAUAAUAAUAAUAAUAAUAAUAAUAAUAAUAAUAAUAAAAUUAAAUUAAUUAAAAAUAAUUUUAGUGUAAUAUCAGAAAGAUUAAAUUUUUUAAUUCAAUGUAAAUUUAAUUUACAUAGAUAUUUAGAUAAUAAUGAUUUAUUUAUAACAAUUUUAAGAGGUGAAAAAUUAUCAACCUUAGAUAGAAUCAUUUGUUUUUCAAUCAUUUAUUCACAAGAUCAAAUUUUAUUAUUUUUAUUAAAUUUUAUUCUAUCAAAUAUAAAUUGUAAUAAUAAUAAUAAUAAUAAUAAUAAUAAUAAUAAUAACAACAAUAAUAAUAAUAUUAGUAAUAUUAGUAAUAGUAAUAGAUUAUUAGCAAAUAAUAGUUAUAAUAUACAAUUCAAUCAACAAAUUCCAACACAAAAUGAAUUAAUAAAUUUGAAUAAAUGUUUACAAUUUUCAACGUCAACAACAACAACAACAACAACAACAAUGGUGCCACCAUUUAAUGAGAAUAUAUUAAAAGUUUAUCCAAUUUAUUUUGCAAUUGUAAAAGUUAUUGGUGGUGGUAGUUUAGUUAGAUUUUUAUUAUCAAUUUUACCAAACGUGUAUAAUAUUACCAAUGUAAAUUGUAAAUUACCAAUUACCAAUAGAUCAGCAUUAUUUUAUUCAACUACUAGAGAGAUGACAUUACUAUUAUUACAAUUGGGUUGUAAUAUUCAUGAUAUGGAUUAUAAAGGAAUGUUACCAAUUCAUUAUCAUUCUUUAAAUGGUCAUGUAGAUGUUGUAAAAUGUUUAAUAGAUGAUUCAACAAUUAAUGCAUUGGAUCAAAGUAAUAAUACACCACUGAAUUUAGCUUCAUUAAGUGGUAAUUUAUCAUUGGCUAAAAUUUUAUUAAAUUCUGGUGCAAGAUUAUCAAUUGAUAAUUUGAAUGGUAGAUACCCAAUUCAUAAUGCUUGUGUUAAUGGUAAUAUUGAUUUAAUUAGAUAUUUUUUAGAACUAUAUUCAAAAAUGAAUUCUACCACAUUAUUACCUUCAACAACAACAACAACAACAACAACAACAACAACAAUGACAACAACAACAACCACAGCAAUAACAACAACGACAGCAACAACAAUACAAAAUAAUUCUAAUAAUCUUACAAAUUCAAAUAGUAGUAGUGUUGGUGGAUUAAGAAUUUCAAAUGGUGGUAAUACACAACAACAAUCAAUUCAAAUACCAGAUAAAGAGAAUAAUACACCAAUUGAUUUAUUAGUUUUAAAUAAUCAUUUUACAAUCGCAAUUGAGUUAUUAAAAUAUGAAGGUUAUAUAGUUGGUAAAGAGGAAUUUAAUUUUAAAACCGCUAGAAAGAUUGGUGCUGGAGCAUUUGGUGAUGUAUAUUUAGUGGAAUGGAGAAAUAAAAAUGUUGCUGUUAAAAGAGUAAAAAUUGAAAAAAUCUUGGAAUCUGGUAAAUCCUAUCAAUGGAUUAGAGAUAAAUUUAUAUUGGAAGCAGUCUUGAUGGUUAAAUUAUCAAAUUUCUCAAGUUUUGUAAAAUUAUAUGCAACUUGUAUAGAAGAAAAAGAAUUAUUAUUAGUAUUAGAAUUUUGUGAUAAUGGUAGUUUGUAUACAAUUUUAAAUACUAUACCAAUUGGUGGUGCUGGUGCUAAUAAUAAUAAUAAUAAUAAUAAUAAUAAUGAUAUAAUUCAAUCAUUACCAUCAAUUAAUACAUUAUCAUUAAAUAUUGCAAAUGGUAUGAACUAUUUACAUAGUUUGAAACCACAAAUUAUUCAUAGAGAUUUAACAUCACAAAAUAUAUUAAUUGAUAGAAAUGGUAUUGCAAAGAUUGCAGAUUUUGGUAUAUCAAGAUUUAAGAAUGAUAUUGGUGAUAAAACUAUGACAUCAAUUGGUAAUCCAAGAUUUAGAUCACCAGAGGUGACCAAAGGUCAAAAGUAUAGUGAAAAAGUUGAUGUAUUUGGUUUUGGUAUGAUUCUAUAUGAAAUGUUCACUAGAAGAGUACCAUUUCAUGAUUAUGAACAAAUAGCUGCCUCUUUUAAAAUUGCAAAUGCUGAAAGACCUCCAUUACCUCAAACUAUUGAUCAUAGAUGGUCAAAUUUAAUUCAAAUUUGUUGGGAUCAAAAUCCAAAUAAUAGACCCUCGUUUGAUCAAAUCUUAACAAUAAUUCAAAAUUUACCAAUUGCAAAUAUACCAAAAUUCUUAGUACCAUUACAACAAAAUCAAAACCAAAUUCAAAAUCAAAAUCAAAAUCAAAAUCAAAAUAAUGGUAAAUUAGAUUUAUCAACAUCUUCAUCCUCAAUAACAAAUUUAAAUAAUGCUGUAACUGCAAAAUUAUCAUUAUCAACUAGCGGUGGUUUAUUUAGUGGUGAUUCUGAUUACACUGUUGGUACUUGUUCUGGUUAUGAUAUUGGUUAUGAUAAUGAUGGUGAUAUCAUUGAUUAUUCAAGUGAUCAAAAUGAUUCCGAUUUAUAUGAUUAA